AUGACUGUAGUGGAGAACGCAAAGAAUGAGUUGAUAUCCAUGAGGACAGUAUCUAGAUGGCGUAUAUGUAUGGAUUACCGCAAGCUGAAAAAAGCCAUAAAGAAGGACCACUUUCCUCUUCCCUUCAUUGAUCAAAUGCUGGUCAGGCUGGCAGGUCAAGAGUAUUACUGUUUUUUAGACGGCUACAGUGGUUAUAAUCAUAUUACAAUUGCUGCUCAGGACCAGCAGAAGACGACUUUUACUUGUCCCUACGGAACGUUCGCUUUCRGGCGAAUGCCAUUCGAGCUUUGUAAUGUUCCAGCAACGUUCCAGAGGUGCAUGACGACUAUCUUUUCUGACUUGGUAGAAUCAGUGGUAGAGGUGUUUAUGGACGACUUUUCGGUGUUUGGAAAGUCAUUUGCAGAAUGGCAUAGAGUCUCCAGAAAGGACAUAGAAGUAGACAAGGCGAAGAUAGAGACAAUAGAGAAAUUGCCCCCACCUGUGAAUGUCAACGGCAUUCGCAGUUUCCUGAGGCAUGCUGGCUUUCAAUACGCUGAAGUUAGUGGGGACUCAGAACACGACAUGGAGCCCUUGGAGCAUUCAGAUUCAGCCACGGUCAAAAUUGAGUGCCAAAUUGCGCCUAGCACAAUUAUGGUUGAGACUCCACCGGCCACUCUACAAGAAGUUUUGGUGGCGUUGAAUGAAGCAAGGGGAGAAGAUCCAUUGAAAGAUGAUGGAAAUAGUGGGCAAGAUGACGAGGAGCCCCUUGCACAAGAGCAAGAAGGAACAUCCGGUCCUAUAGAUGUCCAUAGUGAGGCCAUGGAGGAAUCAUCUUCCUCUUAUUCACAAAGUAAGACCUCUUCUUUGUCAAGUUUGAAUGUUUCUGACCCAAACUUUGUUGCUACUGCAGAGAUUUCAGAUGAGGAGGUGAAUUUGAUCAAAGUGGUGAAGAAAACGCAAAAGAAGAAGAAAGUAGCAGAAAUUGUGCCAACGCAAUUUCUAGGCCUAGGACCCGAGCCGCUGUAG